AUGACGGGCGGACGCGCGUUCGAAACAGUGACCGCGCGUUUGCGGACCGAGCGAGACAUGAAGGCGUACCAUGUGUACCGGAUCACCGCGGCUCUCUUACUGCACGCUUACUGCACUCUCGGGGAGCCCGUCGCUUGCGACGUGCGCGCCCUCACCGAGUCCGGAUGGGUGUGCGGGCUGAGGCGGUGGGCGGACAAGGAAACGGCAUACGCGAGCUUUCGCGGCGUGCCCUAUGCCAAGCAGCCGCUAGGCGAGUUGAGGUUCAAGGAACUGCAACCGGCCGAUCCCUGGGACUAUCUGGACGCGUCCGAGGAGGGGCCGAUAUGCCCUCAACAGGACGUGUUCUACGGCAAGAUGAUGACGUCACAGAAGAUGGACGAGGCCUGUAUAUACGCAAACAUUCACGUGCCAAUUGAGGCGUUGCCGGUGACCAGUCAAAGAAGACCCUCGAGGGACCUGAAGCCACCUUACGAAACCGCCCUGAGCGAGGAGGAACCCAAGUAUCCCGGGCUUCCGAUCCUGGUUUUCGUCCACGGAGGUGGCUUCGCCUUCGGUUCCGGCGAUUCAGACGUCCACGGGCCGGAGUAUUUGAUGACGAAAGGAGUGAUUGUCAUCACGUUCAACUACAGGCUGAACGCCUUGGGUUUCCUGUCGCUGAACACGCCGAGCGUCCCCGGCAACAACGGCCUGCGCGACAUCUUGACGAUGCUGCGCUGGGUGAGGUCCAACGCCAGGGCCUUCGGCGGGGACCCCGAGCAGGUGACCCUGGCGGGGCAGAGCGCGGGCGCCAGCGCUGCCCAUUUGGUGGCGCUCUCGCGGCAGGCCGAGGGACUUUACAAGAGACUCUUUCUUAUGAGCGGCACCGCAAUGCCAACCUUCUACACAACGUCGCCAGCCUUUGCGCAGUUCAUCGCCAACAUGUUCCUCACGCACCUGGGCGUCAACGGCACAGACCCGGAGGCAGCCCACCGCCAGCUCGUGAACAUUCCAAUCGAGAAGAUCAUGAACGUCAACAGCCUGCUACUUGAUCAAUUCGGGCUGACGACCUUCAUGCCGGUGGUGGAGAGCCAAUUUCCGGGAGUCACACCAGUUCUGGACGAGGAUCCACAAGUGCUGUUGGCAGAAGGCCGCACCAAAUACACGCCUAUGCUCCUGGGGUUCACAUCGGCCGAAUGCGAGAGCUUCCGGCCGAGAUUUGAACAGAUAGACAUUAUCACGAGGAUAAAUGAGAACCCGCUUCUGAUGCUCUCGCCCAACGUAAUAUUCAAUACGCCAACCGGCGACCUGCUCGACAUAGCUAAGAGAGUGGAACAGAGGUAUUUCAACGGAUCGCCUAGCAUGGACAAAUAUAUAAGUUGCUGCUCCGAUACCUAUUACAUUUAUCCAGCUUUGAAGUUAGCGAAGAACAGGAGGAAGAUGAACGGUGCGCCAACGUUCCUGUACCAGUUCUCUUACGAGGGGGAGAGUAGUGUGAUCAAGGAGGCGAAUGGUAUACAAUUCAAGGGUGUAGGUCACGUAGAGGACAUGACGUAUAUGUUCAGGGUGAACUCCAUAGUCCCUCCUAAUGUCCCGCCGUCCACCGACGACGCGAUGAGGGAACGGAUGACGAGGACCGUGAGGAACUUUAUGUACUGCAGCCACCCCACCUGCAUCGGUAACGAGCUGACCGCCUGGCGGCCGGUAGACCAGUACCUGCGGUACCAGGACCUGGAGAACCCGGCGUUCUACCGCUCCACGGACCCGACGCGGUCGCAAAGCGAAAUGAUGCAAUUCUUCGACGGAGUAUACAACAGGACGAGU